GUUUUCAAUUUUCAUAAAUAUUUUGUUCGAUUAUUGCUUGUUUAUUGUCGGUACUUAUAUGUUUAUUGUCAAGGUAUUUUAAAUUUUCUACUUUCAAGAUUCAACUUUGUACUUGUAGGUACUUGCCAAUAAGCAGGCUUACCGCAUAAUGCUCAGAAAAGUAAUAAUGGCUAAUCUAUUGUUUGAAAAUUGAAAUUGAAACGCACUGUGUAUUUUAGAAUUGGAGUUUAGAGCAGUAUUCUAUGAGAAGAUAGAACUUCAAUUCUACUCAAUUUCAAUUAUUACUAACUCAGUUGGUAUUGAAAAGUCGAAAUGGAUGAAGUUCGAGCAUUUUUUAAUAAUCCUCAUCCAACAAGUUCUCAAAGGAUUAAAUUAAGAGGGCCACUUACCGGCGGUCAUAGUAUAUCAAAACAUGAUACAUUAGAUGACUUUGAUAGGCAUAAAGAUCAUCGGCAUACCAUGUUUAAUGGUGGAACAGAUUACGUGGAAGAAGCUAAGCUAAAAGAAAUGAAGUUGUUUUCCAAGAAUGAAGAAUUUGAUAGCAGACCAGAUGGAUUAAAUGCACUUGAUCAAAUGUCGUCACUGGGAUCCUUACUUCAAAGUUCAUUAAAUCUCAAUGAUGAAGUUAUGACACAUGUCUAUAACAAGUACACAUUUAAAAGGAAGGAGGAUACUAAAAACUUAGUAAUUAAUGACUAUCAAGAAGAGAUAGUUAGAAAGCUAAAUGCAUAUCCAGUUAUCAUCAUUGAAGGUCCGACUGGUUGUGGUAAAACCACCCAGGUGCCCCAAUGGAUCCUCGAUGAUUGUUAUAACAAUAGACGACCAUGCAAGAUAAUAGUAACUCAACCAAGGAAGAUUGCUGCAAUAUCUAUCUCUAAGAGGGUUGCUCAGGAGAGGGGCUGGAAUGUGGGAGGCGUAGUGGGAUAUCAGAUUGCAUUGGAAAAUAAGACAUCAUCCGACACUCUUAUACAUUAUGUUACAACUGGGGUGUUGCUGCAAAAACUUGUAAACGCUAAAACAAUGAAUGAGUAUACUCAUGUUAUUAUUGAUGAAGUUCACGAAAGAGGGCAAGAGAUGGACUUCUUGCUCAUUGUUGUCAAGCGGCUUCUCAACACUGUCUCACCUAAAAUUAAAGUUGUACUUAUGUCGGCAACUUUUAACACCGGAUCAUUUUUCGAUUAUUUCGUGCCGAAUGUACAGCCUUGUGUGGUGAACAUAAGAAAAGAAAGGCUACGGUACAGUGUCAAGACAUUUUAUUUAAACAAUUUAAGUAAAUUUUUUGGGGUUGGUCCUGAAACAACGAAAUUUGGAAGUGAUCCAGAACUAUCUACGGAUAUGCAUCAUCUUGUUGUAAAACUAGUAAAUGCAUUUGAGUAUAUAGACAAAACGGAGGAGUUUGAAAAGGAUGACAUAUCCGAAGAAGAUCUACCUUCUGUGUUAAUAUUCUUACCUGGUAUCAAUGAGAUUGAAGAUCUAUAUUCAUGUUUAACAGAUGUUGCCUUAAGGCGUAAGUUAGUUGACGCCGAUUGCGCCAAGCUAAACUGGUGGGUGUUGCCGCUUCACUCCACGAUAACAGCCGACGAACAAGUACGCGUGUUCCAGCGAGCUCCGCCCGGACAUAGAAAAAUCAUACUAUCUACAAACAUUGCUGAGAGCUCUAUCACCGUACCAGAUAUUAAAUAUGUGAUCGACUACUGUUUGAUGAAGGUGCUUGAAGCGGAUCCGAGCACGAACUUCACAGCGCUAAAGCUGCGGUGGGCGACCAAGACCAACUGCGAGCAACGAGCGGGUCGCGCGGGCCGAGUGCGAGACGGCAGGGUCUACCGGCUCAUCGAAGAGAAGCAUUACGUACAACUGCCUGAAGAUUGCCAGCCGGAGAUACAAAGAUGUCCGCUUGAACGUUUGGUAUUGCUGGCGAAGACCUUAGACAUGGGCCCACCGUCUGAUAUACUAGCACUUGCCAUGGACCCGCCCGACCUGUCCAACAUUCAUCGUACCGUACUUGUGCUUAAAGAGGUAGGUGCAUUGAAGAAGCUGGAAAAUGAUGUAGCUGAUGGAGAAUUGACCAAUCUCGGGAGGAUAAUGGCAACACUUCCGUUAGAUGUGCGAGUUGCCAAGUUGAUCAUGCUGGGACAUAUAUUCGGAUGCUUAGACGAAUGUGUUAUUAUGGCCGCAGCUAUGUCUGUGAAAAACGUGUUCAGCAGUCCGUUCCGCGAGCGACUCAACGCGUACAACUCGAAGCUGACGUGGGCAGACGGCUCUACCAGCGAUUGUAUCGCCUUCCUCAACGUCUACAAGGUCUGGAACCAUCUCCGUCAAGGGCAAUACUUCAGCCAGGCGGGCAACAAUGAGGCGCAGUGGGCGCGCCGGUUCUACGUUCAGUUGCGUGCUCUGAGGGAGCUAGAGGAUAUGCUGCGGGAGCUGAGGAUCCGCCUCUCGAGAGAGGGCAUUGAGGCCACCAACAGAAAAUCCCCAUGGAGUAAGCAAGAACUCCCAAUCGUACUGAAGGUGUUGAUCGCCGGCGCGUUCUACCCGCAAUACUUCGUGCAAGUGGGCGGCGAAGAGGACCGCGAGCGAGACGCAGUCCGCACACUGGGAGGACUCGACCCGCGGACCUCCGUGUACCUGCGGGGCUGGCCCGACCACCAGCCCGCGGAGGUGUACGCUUCCACCAUCAAGAACAUCGUGGCCAAGCAGAUCGGCGACGAGCCCAGGGUCACAUUCGACACCAACAGCAAGAAAAUUUACCUUACGUUUGAUAAUAACAUGGGAGUUCAACGUAACAAAGAUAAGAGUGGGGAUCCAACAAUUCCUGGACAGGUGGUGUUACCCAUAUACAAAGCAAUUAAAGCUCGUCAACUCAAAAUGGAUAUAAGGAUUCCAUUGCUACCGCUCGAGAAGGCGAAUGUUCUGUUGGCGGCGAUGAAAAGUCACAAGCGCCAUUCUAACAUCGACAAGCUCGUACCGCGGCUGCCUGACAUAGAUGAAACACAUUUCCCUUUGAAGAUAUCGCAGCUUAUAAACGUAGGCAGAUUCUGGGUGCAGUACGACGAUGCAUCGACUGCGGCCGAUAUUCGUCAGAUACAGAGCGCUCUCAACCGUAAGCCCCUGCAGCCCGUCUCGACCGCGGUGACUGUGGACGCCCUGGUGGCGGCGCCCUACGCGGACGAUAGUGGCACCCAACUCUACAGGGCCAAGGUCACCAAGACACACCCGAGGGACAUGUAUGAAGUGUUCUACAUCGACUACGGCAGCGUGGGCCGCGUGUCCGGCAGCAGCCUGCGCCUGCUGCCCGAGGGCUGCGGCUCCAGUCCGCCGCUGGCCAUGCAGUGCGUGCUGGCCGAACUGUCGCCCGCGCCGCUGCUGCACCCGCACGGCCACUGGUCCUCGCCCGCGCUGAAGAUGUUCACCGACCUGGUGCAGCGCGGACGACUCAUCGGCAAGGUGUACUCCGUAACCCACGGAGUGGUCGCCGUAGAGCUGAUGGCGGAAGGUGGUCGCAUUAGCGUCAACUGCGAGCUCAUCGCGAAGGGAUACGCGGUCCGAAGCGAGGAAAGCUACGAUUCAAAGAUGAACCACGACCUCCGUGAGACGGCCCUGGAGUUUAACGUGGCUCAGAGGCGAGCAUACAACAAGGAACAGACAGAGCUGGCUUACAGUCAAAUCUGCGAAGUGGAAGCUCCCAGCUACAAGGAUUGCACUUCCGAUGCCCUUCUCAAGGGACCCACUAGCCCGCUGGAGACCACCUUGCACAGCAUAAUGUACGCGGGACGGGAGAAGCAGGUCAACGUGGAGUGGAACUCCGUCAACUCUGUGCUGCUUGACACAGAGCCCCAGCAAAUGUAUGAGAGACUGCUGGUAGCGGCGGAGGUCGGCCACAGCGAGCUGAGCGGCAAGUUGACAUUAAGGCAUACCACAAUGAUGCCCAACAUCCCCGGCCUGCCCGCCAUAUUGUCGCUGCUCUUUUGCCCCUUCGCGGAGUUGCGGCGCUCGUCGUCGGGCAGCCGCUACGUGAGCGUGCUGUGCGGGCUGGGCAGUGCGGGCGGCGGCCGGCCCCGCUUUCCCGAGCACGACCUGCUCGUCAACAUCGACGCCGACCUGUCCGUCGACGAGAUCGGCCUGAUCAACCAUAUCCGAUACCUGAUGGACUACACGAUGUCUUGCACUAUGGGAGCCAGCGAUACCACUGACAAUGUGGACUUCACACCCAACAUCCCCAAGCUGAUACGAGAUGAUCUCAUGAAAUUGCUACUCCGACGUCGCAAGCACCGCGCCCCCGAGUGGCUGCAGAGCGCGUGGGAGUGGGAGUCCGUGCCCGCGGACGAGCUGCUGGAGAUCAGCGUGCCCGCCAUGCUGGAGCGGGCCGACGUGUUCCCGCUGCACGCGCCGCCGCACCUGGCGCCCGUGUGCGCCGAGCGACUGCUGCAGCUGAAGAGGGCCACCGACGAGCUCAAGGGGCUGGUCGGCAGGUCGUCGGUGGUCGGUACGAGCACGCAAGUGACGUGCAAGUUGUGCGGCACGGUCGCCAUGCCGCCGCACGUGAUGCGUAUACAUCUCUACUCCAACGCGCACCGAGAGAAGGAGGAGGACUUGAAGUCUAUCGCUGCUAAUUAAACAAUUCAGAUAUUUGAUUUAAAGAAGAUAAAAGCUGUGCCACACUCAGUGUAUUCGUAUAUUAGUGUAUAACACGCACUACACGAGUCUACCGACUAUGCUGUAUCAAACAGUGGUUUAUAAAAAUCUAAGGCAGCAAAAAGAUUUUUUUAAAUUAAAAAAACUGAGAUUAUAUUCAGUAGGGCAUAUAUGACUGUAUGUCCGUUUCUGACACGUUCAUAGCACGGUUAUGGUAUGGUACUGUGUAGUGGCAAAACCUCUUGAAGACUAAACUAUUAACAAAUUUUAGUUAAUUAUACAUGAUUGUAAUACAUUCAGAUAACUAUUAAUAUAAUAAUAAUAAUAUAUAACACAGUUUAUUAAAGAGUAUCCCAUAAACUCAUUGAUAUUUUCAGUUGAAUUAGUACAGUAGUGAGUCAUGUUGACAUAUUUUGACGUCAUGUUGACACUUGACGCAUGUCAUGCCAGUUGACUUUAAUGUGAGUGAUUUGUAUCUCGUUAAGUUGUUGUUUAGUCGUGUACAGCGCUCACUAAAAUUCUGUUUGCUAGAUUUAAGUUUGUUUAUAUAAAAAAAAUGCGUAUAGCUUUAACAUGUUAUUGUUAAUACUAUGGUUCCAAUACUUAGUUGUGCCAUUUUUCUACCAAAACUACCAAUCACCACCACCAAUAGACCAAAAAUAAUUAGACAAUUUGUUAUUAAUUGUAGCUAAAAAUAAUAAUUUAUAACAGUAGCGAUAUAUAUUUUUUAACAAUUUUGCAAUUCAUUAUGGCAAAUUCUAAAAUAAUAUUAUUAUACUGAUUCAAAAUUUUAAUAAUUAUAGUUCCAAACUUUCUGUCAGUUCAUUCUCAUUAAAUAUUUUAUGUUGUCAAAGGGAUCUGCAAAUGUUUUUGGAAUCUCAACCUAUUCCAUAGGAAAAUUAAAUAUAGGUAACAAAUAAAUGCCCAUUAAUGACAAGUGACAUAUUAUAGAAGUAAGAAAAAUUAAGUUUGUUACUAUGUGAUAUUAUUACCUUUAUGAAGUUUAAAGAGUAUGAUAUACUAUUAUUAUUAAGAAGAAACUACUUUAGAAUGUACAAUAUCGUCACCAAUUGGCAGUUAUAAGUCAGUAACACAACAACGGACAAGAGAUCCUUUGGUUUUUGUUCAAGGGACCUAUGUCACAUUUGGCAAAAGUGAAGCGGAGUUAUUUGUACGUGGAAGAGAGUUGAGAACAACAUAUUAUUAUGUGUAUAACCACUACCCGGGUACAUUAUCUCUGGUCCUGAUGUCGAUGACGUCACAUCGUCGCUUUGUUACGGUAUGUAAAACAAGCAUCACUAGGACAUUAUUAUCAAUAAAUAAACAACGAUUUAUUUUUCAGUAUUAUAGAUUGAUCUAAAGGUGUUGUGUUGUGAUGCUGACUAUUAUUAUUAUAAUGAUGUAAAAUCAAUGAAUGAAUUUGGGUUAAGAAAAAAAAGUAUUUAUUUUUCUAGCAGUACUAUUAUAGCGACACAGAACAUCGGAAACUACAGAACUAUUGAUAACAAAAGUCAAAAAACAAUGAAAACAAGAAAAGCAGCAAUAGCACGAAAAUAUCACAUGUAUCUACGGUAAUGAAACUGCAAACUGUGCUGACGCAACAGGACGAGCGCGAGGGGGUGAAAGGGAAAUGGGAAGGGGCUUCACGUUCGAGCGAGGUCCAGAGAUAAUGUAGCCGUGUAGUAUGUAGGUGCGAUGGUUUUUAAAAGUAAACUAAACGGGAAAGGAGGCGGAUUAUAUAGAUACCCCAGUACCAAAGUGUAACACUUCAAUCAGUAAGUUUCAGAUAAAUAUGAGAAAUUGUUCCAUAAACGAUACCAACCAUUGCGAAAGAGAAUCAAGUCGAUAAGUGAAUGCAGUUUAUUCGUUACUUCCAAUAUUACUUCAUAACUGUAGAAUAUAUUCGUUUCAUACAGGAACAACUUGAGUUGUUUUCUUUUGGAACCCUUUUCAGAAUGAUAACUCUUUGGCACUGAGGUAUCAAUAAGUCGUUAUGACAGAUGACACUCAUAUUUGACAGAUCACUGUCAAAUAUGUCGCUCUGAUGGGCGUUUACUUUACGGAUGUAGCAACGCCAUUUUGUAAAAAUCAUUAACCUGUGAGUGCAUUUUUAUUGCAAAUUAUUUAGUUUGAUUUAUUCACUUAUUUUAUUUUAAGUCAAAUCACAGGGCUUUGUGACUCUAAAUUGAAAUGGACAAACCUAUUUCUGGUUGACUUUUAGUUCUUUAAUUAUUAAACAGAUAUUAUUGGUGAAUACUUGACUCGUUAAGAUAUAACAUUGAUAUGUACGUCAAGUCCAUUCGGCUAAUAAUAUAAGUUUUUUGUUGAUUUUUAUUGAUUUUUAUUGUUAAAAAAAAUUUAGUUUUUCAUACUUUUAAGUCUACCCUAGAAUAAUUAAUAAGUUGACUUUAGAAGGUAUGUGAAAUAAUUUCCAAAGUUUACAGGAACUUUGGAAAUUUUGAAGCUAUAAAACUUUACUUUUUUUUUGUAUCAUAAUUGACAGGAUUGAUCCUAUUUUGUUUUUCGAUACUUUCAUAUUGUUUAUAAAAAUGAUUAAGAUAUGCAUACAAUCAGUUAUCAGUAAGUGUUUUUAUCAUUUUACAGAAACAUUAAAAACUGGAAUAAAUUCCAAUCGGAA